CGGAAAAGGCAGCGUCUUUAUCCAAUAAGCUCUACGUGUGGUCAUGACUCUCUUUGCCCCCUGCACCACGGUUUCUGACCGAGCGGGCAAGAGCCCUGGAAAAGGACCUCGGGGGUGAGGGGUCGGAGCCGUGACAGAGCGAGAUCUGUCCCCACCCCCCGCCGUGCUGACACCACCUGGAGACCGCAGUAGCCAAAGGGCUGCGCCAAGCAAGGAAGGGACGCGCUCACCAGCCACCCCCCAGCUCAGCUACCUGUCGCUCCCCGCUCCAGGCUGCUGCGGCCGCAGGCUGGGCUCCGCACGGGAGGCGGGCGAGGGAGGGAGCCCAUGUGACCAGCCCAGCAGGAGGCCAAGGCCGCCGGCGCCUCCUCCCCUGCGGAAGGAGGGGAGCGCUGGUGCGAACCCCGGAGGAAAGCGAAGGGGCGGCGGCGGCGCAAGGGGCCGGUGGGCGUCCGAGCCUGAAGGCAGCGGCGGGGAGAACCCGGCCUUUGCUGCGCGGUGACCGGGGCUGGGAGGGAGAGUUGGGACGCGGCGAGUUGUAUGCGGGGCUGGAUCAGUCCCGGCGGCGGCAGGAGAGGAGAAGGCUCCUUCCCCUGCCUCGCUCUGCGCAGUCAACAAGCAGCCCCGGGCGGGAAAGAAACUCCGCGGAGAGGAAGGAAGGAAGGAAGGAAGCGCGCGGGGGGGGGGGGGGGGGGGCACCCGCAGCGGCUCGGCUGCUGGCUACGGGCGCGGCGCCCCCCUUUCUGCAGCCGCCGCGCUGCCCGGCUCUUCUCUCUCUCUCUCUCUCUCUGUCCAGGCCGAGCCCCCGCUGCAGCCUGGCGGGCGGGGAGAGUGCCUGGCUGGCCGGCCGGCCGGGGGCAGGUUGCCGUGUGGGUGGCGGGGAGGGGGCGGGGAUAUUUUUAACUUCCCCUCUGCUUUGAACCCGCGCCCCGCUGCCAAGUUCGCUAGCCCGGAGCCGAGCGUUUGCAGGCCCCGCCCCCUGGGCGAUGCGGGGCCGGGCCGGGCCGGGAGAGCUUCCACUCGCCGGGGCAGGGGCACAAGUCCGCGCCCAGCCUCGCAGCCGGAGGGGAGCCCCGCGCUGCCUUGAGCCCGCAGCUCGCCCCGCUCGCGCCGCCGGCAGGAGAGUCGCGCCCCCGCCUCCCGCGCCGCGGGGUAGGACCGAAUCGCGCCGCCGGCCAUGGGGGGCAACCUGGGCUGCCACCGCUCCAUCCCCCGGGACCCCUCGGACCUCUGCCACAGCCGCAAGUUCAGCGCGGCGUGCAACUUCAGCCACAUCCUGGUCAACCAGGAGCGGCUGAACAUCAACAGCGCCACGGAGGAGGAGCUGAUGACCCUGCCCGGCAUCACCCGCACCGUGGCCCAGAGCAUCGUGGAGUACCGGGAGUACAUCGGGGGCUUCAAGAAAGUGGAGGACCUGGCGCUGGUGAGCGGGGUCGGGGCCGCCCGGCUGGAGCAGGUCAAGUUCGAGAUCUGCGUGAGCAGCAAGGGCAGCUCGGCGCAGCACUCGCCCAGCUCCCUGAGGAAGGACCUCAACCCCGAGCCGCAGCAGUACCUGGCCGCCGCCAGGCUCAACAUCAACACGGCCACGCCGGCCCAGCUCAUGAGCAUCCGAGGCGUCACGGAGAAGAUAGCCCACGGCAUCGUGGACUACCGCAAGGAGCACGGGCCCUUCCGAAGCAUCGAGGACCUGGUGAAGAUGGACUGCAUCAACUCCUCCUUCCUGGACAAAAUCAGGCACCAGAUUUUCACCGAGAGGUCACGGCCCCCUUCCACCAAUACCAACGGGGGGCUCAGCUUCACCGUCAAUCCUCACCCCAGCCCCACCUCUCUGAGCCUCCAGAGCGAGGACUUGGAUUUCCCACCUGGGGGCCCGACCCAGAUCAUAUCCACUCGCCCCUCGGUGGAGAUGUUUGGCGGGGUGAGAGACGGCAAGCCUGUGCUGAGGGUGGCUACCUGGAAUCUCCAAAGCUGCUCUGUUGAAAAAGCCAACAACCCUGGUGUGCGAGAGGUUGUGUGCAUGACGCUGCUGGAGAACAGCAUCAAGCUCUUGGCAGUGCAGGAGCUGGUCGAUAGAGAUGCUUUGGGAAAGUUUUGUAUGGAGUUGAACCAGCCGACUCUGCCAAAUAUCCGCAAAUGGAAGGGCCCUAGAGGAUGCUGGAAGGGUGUUGUUUCCGAGAAACCUUCAGGCGAGCUACAUAAGGGUGUCGAAUAUUCUGGCUUCCUCUGGGACACGACGGCUGGCAUCGAGCUGAAGGAUGCGUCCUCCCAGGAGAGCGCCCACACUAAUGGCAAUGGGAAACGCGCCUACCCUCCCCCUUACCUUGCACAUUUCAAGGUUGGAAUGAAUGAUCUAACACUGGUUAACCUUCAUCUGGCCCUUGCACCCUCAGCAGGAGAGAAUACAGAGAAGAAUCAUGAUAGCCACAAAUUAGCAACCUUUGCACAGACUCUGCAAGAAACACUGAAAGGAGAAAAAGAUUUGAUCAUCUUAGGCGAUUUUAACCAAGCCCCAGACAGCACUGACCUCGAUCUUUUGAGAAAAGAAAAGUUCCAUCACCUAGUCCCUGCAAAUACAUUUACAAACAUCAGCACAAAGAAUCCUCAGGGAUCUAAGUCGCUGGAUAACAUCUGGAUCAGUCGAAGCUUGAAAAAGAUCUUCACAGGUCACUGGGCUGUUGUGAGAGAAGGCCUUACAAAUAUAUGGAUCCCUGAUAACUGGUCCUGGGGAGGAGUGGCUUCAGAACACUGCCCUGUAUUAGCUGAAUUUUACAUGGAAAAGGACUGGAACAGAAAAGAGGUGACCCGAAAUGGAAACGGGGUGACCGUGGAACGCAGUGACUCACACAUUAAACAUGAACGAUGAUGAACUAGGGCGUGGCAGGGCCCAGUCAGAAGAUCCCAUUGCUUGAGGCUCAACUGUGAAGCAGAACUGCCUCCUCCCCCAUUUAAAGAGCAUCAGCCUCUGCUUCUGAUGAUGUCUCUCCCCUACUGCACCUACCCCCACGCCUCCAGUGCCCCUCCUGGGUGUUGUAGGAGAUCUCACUGCCGCAGAGCGAUUUGUAACUUUUUACAGAUGCAGUGGACGCAUACGCACCUGGAGACUUGGAGGAGAAUCAUACAGAAAAUAAAAUGCACUUUUACUACAGCACAUUAUCUCUGUUAAAACCCAGCAGAACAGGGCUUUUGUUGUUGUUGAUGUUUUUAAUUGAUUCCUUGUAAAGUGAAGCAAUAAUGGAGACCAUAAAAAGAGACAAGAGACAUGCCUUGGAAACUGUCAGUGAUUUGUCGAGUAUAGUUUAACACGUGCAAAAACUGUCAUGAUGUAACAUUUCUUUCUGACCAAUACAUGAUCUGACCUGAGGAUUAUA